UUUAUUUUGUCCAAUGUUUCUGACGGACAGGAAAUACUUAUUUUUGCAUCCUCAGCCUUGCUAGUGGUAGAGGAAAUAAAAAUGUCCUCGCUCGACAGAGUAAAAGUAUUAGUUUUGGGAGAUUCAGGUGUUGGAAAGUCGUCUUUAGUUCAUCUGUUGUGCCAUAACCAAGUUUUGGGAAAUCCUUCAUGGACAGUAGGAUGUUCUGUGGACGUCAGGGUCCAUGACUACAAAGAAGGCACUCCUGAGGAAAAGACCUACUACAUUGAACUGUGGGAUGUUGGAGGCUCCGUGGGAAGUGCCAGUAGUGUUAAAAGCACCAGAGCUGUUUUCUACAAUUCAGUUAAUGGCAUUAUUCUAGUUCAUGAUCUGACAAACAAAAAAUCCUCCCAGAAUCUGUAUCGCUGGUCAAUGGAGGCUCUAAACAAAGAUUCCUCUCCUACAGGGGUCAUUGUGUCGAACGGGGAUUAUGACAGAGAGCAGUUUGCAGACAACACCAUCCCUCUCUUGCUAAUUGGCACCAAGUACGAUCAGAUCCCUGAAAACAAGCGAAAUGACGUCCUGACUCGCACCGCCUUCCUGUCUGAAGACUUCAACGCAGAGGAGAUCAACCUGGACUGCACAAAUCCACGGUACUUUGCUGCUGGUUCAUCUAAUGCUGUAAAACUGAGCAGAUUUUUUGACAAGGUUAUAGAGAAGAGAUACUUCAGCAGAGACCCGAGUCAGAUGACGGGCUUCACGGACAGGAAGCGAUUCAACUUCAAAAGUCUCCACUAUGACUGAAUGUGUGAAAACACUGCAGGGACUUGUGGUUUUAGAGUCCUGUAUGAUUACCAAACAUCAUUGCUAUAUCUUUGUGCAUGUGGUAUGCAGGUGCAGGUGGUCCUGGGUAGGUUUGUAAAGUUGCACUACUAAACUGAGCACUGAAAGAUUUCUCAUGUUUCUUUUAGUGUGAGUCAGAAUAAAACUACAGAAUAAGACUCAGUUAAGGUGCAUUUACAUACUUUACACAUCCAUUAAUUUUAUACAUCUUUCCAGUUAAACAUUUACAUGUGUAAAUUGUGAAAAUGUAUCAAACGCAGAUGAAGACAAGGAGCCUGUAUUUUUUUUUUAUUCAUAAACACCCAGAUACUUGUUCUGUAUUCAGCUUUCAUGAGCCACAUAAUACACUUGCUCAAACAAAAUACUUUUUCUGUAUCUGCUACAUAAUGGCAAUGAUUUAUCCUUAACAAAAAUAAUUUUUUAUUAAUACUAAUUAUUUUAAUUUAUGCAGUUUUAUAAAUUUGCAUACUUGCUAUAUUAGCAAUCUUGUACUUUUGUAUAUGAAGUUUACAUAAAUAUAGAAACAUAAAUAAAGA